GUCAAAAUUACAAAUGUGAACGGCUAGUGAAUGGUGAAUCGUAUUUUCAAUUUCCACAUGUCACUGAUUUUAUUUACAAGCUUUUUUUACAGUUUUCAUAAAGUUUGAACUUAAAUAAUGGAUACAAAAUCAAGAUCUUAUAGUAAUAUUUCAUUGGAUAGCUUGGAAUUAGUAAACAAAAAAAAGUCAUCACGAAAAGAAAAGGCAGCUGGUGAAAUUGUUGACACAAUCUUGGUACCAUUUUAUGAACAAGAUGUACUAAUUAAGGUGUCUAAAGGGAACAAAAAGCAUCGGCAAAUGGGUACCAAAGCAAUCAGAACAGAUGCAUAUAAAGGAGAAGAUCAACAAUGUAGAGGUUAUCUCAUGAACAACAACUCGCAGAGAGGUAAAAAGAUGUCUUAUUUGGAGAUGUUUCGAAAACAGUUUUCUUCUAAUUUUGAUGAAAAAACGAAGAAAGACCUAAAUGAAAUACGUUCUAUAUCUCCAGAAUGUGGAGAUACUGAAAGAGAAAGCUUCGGGGAGGAGUACAACAGUAAUAUUAAUAAUGAAUUUUAUAAUACGGAGGCAUAUAAUGAAAUGUAUUAUAAUAAAAUAAUGAAUCAAGAACUGGAACAGUACCUAGAUCAAUCUUUCGAAGAAAGUCUACGUUUUGAUGAGGACAUUGGCAGAAAAUCUUCAGUAGAUAUUGACGAUAAUAAUCUUCGAAGUGUAUCUGAAGUUUCCAGACCACACCGUCAAGUUAGACGAACUACAGUCCCAAUAAGCCAAAAUAUACAACUUGGAGGAUUGGGACCAGAUAUGGAAAACAUAAGGCCUAGACUUGAAAGGGCCAAAAGCCUACAGAGAUAUUCAGAGAAGGUCCGGAUGGAAAAUCGUCUCAAAAUUUAUAAGAAAGAAAUGGAAGCUGAAAAUGAAAAAAAGACCGAGAAAGAGGCUUCAGUAAAACGUCGAGGUUCAAGCGCCGUUAGAAGUGCAGAUCCAAAAGGUAAAAAGUCCUCAUAUUUAGUUGAAAAAAAUCAAGAAAAAUCGUCAGUGAUUAAAAAAAAAUAUACAAAGUCAAAGCCACUGGAUAUGAAAGAACAGGAAUCAAAAGACAGUAACCAUACAAAUUUUACAGAAAAUGUGAAAGAAAAAGAAUCUAAACCAAGUCGUGUAAUAGAACGGAAGCUUUUAUCUGCUAAAGACAAUAUGCAGAAAUAUAUAAAAGCUGGUUUUGAUACAACCAGAAAAAAGACAAGCGCCCGAAGUCAGGGCACUGAACCAAAACAAACCCCUGCGGUAUCCCCCGUAGAAAUAAAGUUUACGGUCAAUGUAGGUGGAAUUAGACCGUCAAGUGCUUUGAAAUCUUUGGAAGAGAAACAUCGUAUUUAUCAAGAAAAGGUAAAAAGAUUCGCAAAGGAUCCAAAUAACGCUUAGACUAUUAUUUUUCAGUCUUUAUUAGGCAUCGUUUCGUAAAUUCCUGUGGUGUGUUUGUUUUUGUGGACACUUUAAAAAAAUUAAUUAUUACUAAAGUUAAU